AUGUCUGAAUCUACACCUUCCCCCAUCAAGCAGAAAAUCAAAAGUUUCUUUGGUAUUGGUAACGCUGACGGUGGAGAUGAUCCCAAAGAACCUCCCUCUACUCCCAAGGCCUCAAAACGGAAACGUACAAGUAGCGUCGAUCUCCGCCUAGCUAAAAGGCUCAACCGUGCUCGAGAAAGAUAUCCCAAUCCAGACACCCUCGACUUACCUGAGAGUCCCAGGACAAUGCGGAUGUACGCGAGUAAUGCUUCUGCGUUCAUAAACCCAGACAAAAUUCACAUAGUAGAGAAAACACCUCCAAGGGAAACAGUCAACCGUUAUCAAGCGACAGGGGCUCAGUUCGAAGACUGGAUGGCCAACACCAACCCAACUGGUCCUGCAUGUCCAGUGGUCCAGUCCACACUAACCCUUGACGAUCUAGUCAGGGAUAAUCCCCCAAGGAAGGCUAUAUUUGAUCUAUGGGAAGUCGGCUUCGUUGCCCCACCGGCUGAAAUCAGGGGGACUCUAAAAUCGGCAGGCCUCCCACAUGAUACGAGAGUGAAGAAUUACCGCUAUUCAAAAAUGAACAGCAGUGAGGCAAUGAGGAAGGUGCCCAGUUACGAGCAUUAUAUUGUAGAGGGUGCUAUCAUUGUUAAAGCGGUUUACAGAAAGGAACGGGGACCCCAAUGGAAUGACGUUGCUCUAGCUUUAUACAAACAUGAGGCCGCGAUCGACACUCUUCGGUAUGUUUACUACACGACGGUUGAGAAUACGGAGACACAACCCUUGGUGGGGAAGGUGCUUUACAAAAAUAUUCCCGGUCCUGGUAGUGAAACCGAAUCAACAUUUCGAAUUUGGCGCAUGCAUACUCCGGAGGUCCAGCAAAUCUUAGGAACAAAGCUGGGGAGGGCAACAUCUCGUCUUGUUCUAGCCGCUUGGCCCAGAGGUACUCGUCAGAUCCCUAGAAUCAAUACUUGGUUUUUGUCAGGUAACCUACAUAUGCGUUUUGAUAUUGAGCCGAUUGGCUGA